AUGGUCUACGAACUUGGACGUCGUCCGCAAGCUAUCAAAAUGAGAAUUCCGAGCGGUGCUCCGCAGACAUUCAGCCUUCGAAUACGACAACGCUUUCCGUCGUUGUCGAGAAUCUCGAGACCGUCAGUGGGUACAAUUGGUGUGGCGAUUACUCUGGCGUUAACUUCGGCCGCUGUAUUUGGUGUCUGUGUAUAUCCAUACAUCAGAAAAGAUUACUACCAAGAUGCGCAAAAGCAUGAUCGUGCUUUUCUCAAAGCCGAUCGUGAAGAACUGGCUCAUGGACAGAGGCCAUGGUCGAAUCCUUUCGAACGAAAAUGA